AUGCCGUCUACCAACGACUACCACGUCAAUCGGGAGUUUCGGAUGGGCAGCAGUACUGCAGGUGGAAGUGCAGGGUCCGGAAGCGCGGCCACGGGGGCCACAAACGCAGCGAUAGCGCCUGCAGCGAUAGCGCCCGCAACACCACGGAUGAUGGGCAAGCACAGCAGUACGAUGAGCAAUGCUAGUAACACUAAUGCGGGAUCCGGUUUAAUGCCCGCAGUGGAGGUGGGACCCGAAAGCAAUGCGAAGCCCGUGCGCCGUGGGAGCGGCGAGGCUAAGAGCACGGCGCCCAAACAGUUCCAUCGCAAGUAUCUAGGGGAUUGGGACUUUCUGGAGACGGUGGGCGCGGGCUCAAUGGGGAAGGUGAAGCUGGCAAAACACCGGUACACUGGGGAGAUUUGCGCGAUCAAGAUCGUGAACCGUGCGACUAAAGCUUUCAUGCACAAGGAGGCGCAGAUGGCGCCGCCAAAGACGCAGGAGGAGAUGCUGGAGCGCGAGCGCAAGCUCGAGAAGGAGAUCUCGCGCGACAAGCGCACGAUCCGUGAAUCGUCGUUGGGCCAAAUCCUGUAUCACCCGCAUAUAUGCCGACUAUUCGAGAUGUGCACGAUGAGCAACCAUUUCUACAUGCUGUUCGAAUAUGUGUCGGGCGGGCAACUGCUGGACUAUAUCAUCCAACAUGGGUCGCUGCGCGAGCGCAGCGCUCGCAAAUUUGCGCGUGGUAUUGCCAGCGCUUUGCAAUACUUGCACAUGAACAACAUCGUCCAUCGAGACCUCAAGAUUGAGAACAUUAUGAUAUCCACAUCGGGUGAGAUCAAGAUCAUCGAUUUUGGGCUUUCCAACCUUUACGAUCCCAAGAAACAGUUACAUACGUUUUGUGGGUCCCUGUAUUUCGCAGCACCCGAGUUACUCAAGGCGUGCCCGUACGUGGGGCCUGAGGUGGAUGUGUGGUCCUUUGGGGUAGUGCUAUACGUUCUUGUUUGUGGGAAAGUUCCCUUUGACGACGAAAACUCCAGUGUAUUGCAUGAGAAGAUAAAGCAGGGCAAGGUCGAGUACCCACAGCAUCUCUCCAUUGAAGUCAUCUCACUUUUGUCAAAAAUGUUGGUCGUGGACCCGACCAAAAGAGCUUCUCUCAAACAAGUGGUCAACCAUCAGUGGAUGCAACGCGGUUACGAUUUCCCAGCUCCUUCUUAUGUUCCUCAUCGCGUGCCUCUGACACCUGAGAUGCUUGACGCUGCUGUUAUCAAAGAAAUGUACCGAUUAGAAUUUAUCGACGAUGCAGUCGAGGCCACGUCAUGGCUCACAAAGAUCGUCUCCAGUCAAGAAUAUCAAGUGUUGUCACGUCAAUAUUGGGUCAAUAUGGGUCCAAAUGGCAACCAUGAGGACCCCACUAGAGCAUACCAUCCGUUGCUCUCUAUUUACUAUUUGGUGGACGAAAUGUUGAAACGGAAACUCGCCAAGCAACAAAAGAAGGCAGCAUUAUCCGCUACCAAUCAAUGGCCACAACCAUUGGAUAUUCCAGCACCAGUAUCGCAUGAAAGCCCUGAACCUAGUACGCCAGUUCCGGUUGUUAAGAACAAUUCCGCUGCCAAGCAAUACAUGCCUAUUCACGAUACAGGUAAUUCCAGUGCUCCUGGUGCCACUUCUCCGCUCAGAACAAGGCCCACGAUACUCGUGCCCCCCAAACUUUCUAUUCCAGAGCAAGCUCACACCUCGCCAACCACGCGUAAGUCGAGUGAUAUUACACCUGCUUCUGUGGAACUCGACACUGUGUUAUCGCCAACACCACAAGCAAACGACUUCGAUAGUGCAACAGCUGCUCUGCAAGCGCAACCAGAGGGCUCCAAUCUAUCCUCUUUUGCGACAAGUGGCUCUGAAAAAUCUAAGCUAGGGACCAUAUUCAGAAGGUUAUCUCAAAGACGUCAUGGUCAACAACAACCACAGCAACAAACCCAGCAAACUAUACUCAUUGAUGCUAGCACUAAGCCUAAAAAGACGCAUACUCGUACCGUUUCAGAAUAUGUUCCUCCAUCUAGAAUGACAAGUUACGGAAGUGCACCUACUCCAAAAGAUCCUGUUCAAUCGAAGAGAGACUCCGACUUGCCAGCUCUGCCUUCUAAUGCUGCCAAUUUGGUGAAAAAUGAACAACAAGUUCAUGCUAAUCUUGGCAAACUCACCAUCGCUGAUGAAGAUAAGCCACUACCUCAACUGCAGGUUCCAAAAGGUAGAAAAAUGCAUCCUUCAGCAAGGGCAAAAUCAGUUGGGCAUGCUCGUCGUGAAUCUCUCAAAUUUAUGAGACCUCCUGUACCCGCAGGGAUGGAUCCAAAUGCUCACGAUAUAAAUGAUGAAGGUUUCUUGGAGACUAGUGAUGACGGUAGAUCUGAUAAUAUGAGUAAUACUGCAGCCCCUGUAAUUUCUCAAGAAGAACGCGAAUUGACAGACCAGGAGAUAUUGGAGUUGGCAUCCAAAGCCCCACCGGGUUCCAUGCCUUCUAUCGACUUCCCUCGUUCGCUGUUCCUCAAAGGUUUCUUCUCGGUUCAAACGACAUCUUCUAAGCCCCUGCCUAUUGUUAGGUACAAGAUAAUGUCUGUGUUGAAGAAAUUAAGCAUUGACUUUAAAGAAGUGAAAGGUGGCUUUGUAUGUGUUCACAAGCAGUCAUACGUUACAAAGCCUUCAACACAACAACAACAACAACAACAACCUGUAAUUUAUGUGAAUGAUGCUUCCUCGCAAGGUAGCGAUAAUAGUGUUCAUGGUAGCCAUAGAAGGAAUUAUUCUAUUCCUACUCGCCAAGGAUCGGUAUCUCGCCAUAGCUCCAUACGGCGUCAACCAUCGUUGGGUCAACAGCAUUACCAACAGCCUGGAAUUCCGGCAACUCCUUUGGCUGCAAAUUCUGGUGAAAGAAAUCUAUCUGUCACAUCUCCAAUUCAAACGAGCCAUAAUAGCGGUAGCAUCCCCGAACUUUCCGCAGCUUCUUUAGAAUCUUUGCAUCCAGAUGACGUCCUGACAACUUCAAGGGCCCAAGAUAUGAAUAAGAUUGACAGACCACAAACAGAAUUGAAUGAUGUAAAGGAAAGACCGCCUUUGAAAUUCGAAAUACACAUUGUCAAAGUACGUAUUGUUGGGCUUGCUGGUAUCCACUUCAAGAAAGUAUCCGGUAAUACUUGGAUGUAUAAGGAACUUGCAUCUCAUAUUUUGAAGGAGCUAAAUCUGUAA